AUGCUGCACGCUUUCCUUCAUGAGCAUAAGGUUGAUUGGUCCAAAAUAGUAUUCAACAACAUCGCCCACACCAUCACAUACCAUCGCAGGAGUCCUGGUGACAUUACAAAGAAGAUGGGCUUCGGUUUCAUUAUAAGCCAUCUUCUUGCCACAAAAGGAGUGAUUCUACGUGCUGGUGCUCCACCUGGUCAAAAGGUCUGUCACAUGAAGCAAAAACCAUCUGGAUAUGACAAACAGAAGGCGUUGGAAUUGGGCAUUCCUCUUGAACCCAACCUACCCAAAGGGAAGUCCAAACGAAAGUUAAAAACCCCCAAAGCAGACGAAGAAGCUCAACCAAAACCAAAACGGCAGAAACAAGAAAAACCCUCUUCUCGGGUUAAGACUCAAAAGACGGUCAUCUCCCAACCAAAGACGAAAGGUGAUCCUCCUCUAGAAACUUUGAUCGUGCAGAACUCCUCUGAAGAUGAUGAUGAUCAACCUCUCACUCGUCUAAGCAAACGAAGUCGAAUGAGACCUGCUCAAAACCGGGAACCCUUAUCAAAAGGAGCAACAUCACAGGGGGAAGACAUCCCGAAAGUAGCUACCUCUGAGGGGGAACUGAAAACUUCUCUGCCCGAAAGAAGUCCCGUUGCUCACAAAUCCAUCAAUCCGAAUGCAUCUCCUGUUCCUCAUCCACAAGAACCUACCUUAGUAGAGCAACUCCUACGAGAGUUGACACAAGAACCUGCUACUGUAGAAAUGAAGGAAAGAUACGAGAUGACAGCUGCUCAAACAUCAUUUGUCCCGAAACCAUCUGCUCGUCAAUCUUCUCCAGACCGGUACACCCUCGAUAAAUCUCUCAGAGAAUCGAUUGAAAGAGAUUACAAUCGAGUUCUACAAUGGCACAAGUGGCGCACGGCACCUCUCAGAACCUUUCUCGAAACUUUUGAAGCCAUGAUCGACGAAGAAGAAUUCGCACUUCAAUGGCUUGAAACUCAGGACGUCACAAAGGCUGUGCGAAUUGAGGAGAUCCACCGAGUGUACUCUUAUAGAAUAACUCAUCGAUCUCUCGGGAAGGACAAAGCUCCCUUGGUAAUUCCUCUUCAUAAACCUCCCAUGGAUCCAAUGACUGAAGCCGAAUUGAAACAACUUCGCUACAUCAUGCUGCUAUCCAAAAUUAAAGCCAAAAUGGCAGAAGAUCAUCCUAGAGAUCCCAAAGGCAGUGCUAGUGGAACGAAAGAUGUUCAUGGCAACGAAAUCGAAGAAGAGGAUGAAGAAGAAAAUGAAAACGAGAACAAUGAUGAUGAAACAGAAGACGACAACAGUGGUACUGAUGAUACUGAUGAUGAUGAUAAUGAUGAUAACAAUAAUCAACAAGGAGGAGAAGGUGCUGAAGAAGAAGAACCAGAAGAUAGCCACACUAUCUUGGUCGAAACGGACUAUGCUAACUGUCCACAAAGACCACCUCUCUUGAAAAUACCAUCUGAAGACGAAGACUCGGAUGAAGCAACCAGUAAAAAUCCAGUUCACUCGUCUCGUGCUAUCAUUCCGCAUCUGGACGAAUCUGUACAACAACAACAUAAUCUUCCAGCUCAUGAGGACAGAAAGGAAGCCUCACCUGAACAUGGCCACUCGAUGCAUGGUGAAAAUCUGGAAGCACCACAUCAUGAUGAACACAGGAACUCUUCUCCAACACACAUUGAGGACGAUUCUAUCGCUGAGUCCCCACGGACCAUUAUGAACCUCAUGCGAGAAACUGUUCAUUCAGCUGAACUGAUUCACAAGCAAUAUCUCGCCCUAAGGGAGAAGGACACGAGAGUAUUGAAUGACCUGUGUCAAAAAGUCAAUCUACUCCUUGAUGUACAAUCUCAACCACAGCAACCGAAUCUUCCUCACGACAAAACUCUUAAGCAAUUAGUGAAAAGAGUUUCUGAUCUUGAAGAGAGUUCAAACAAAGUCGCUAGGCAGCAACACGAGAUUAAGCAUUCUCAUUAUGGCCUCAAGGAACGUGUUGACCUAGCUUGUACCAAGAUUGACACUUAUCAAGACAAUUCCUAUCAACUUGGUGAAUAUGCUCUUCAAAUUCUGGGAUAUGCUCAAGACAUCCUGCUUGCAAUCAGCCAAAUCCCCUCUGUACCUCCUACUGCCUGCGCUGAUGAUGCCAAAAAGGGGGAAAAUAGGAAUGAUGACAGAGAUAAGGAUGAUGACAACCAACCAAGAAGGGAUAACACGAAAGAAAGAUCUUCGGAAAAGCGAGUCUCUCCUCACAAAGUCUCGGGUCACAAAAAUCCCACUCAUCCACCUCCUAAGUCUCGUGGACAGUCCCAUGAUCAAAGACGCCAUGGUCGCACUCAAGACAGCGAGGCUCGACAAUCUUUCGGCUCUGAAGCCAAAUAUUUCUUCACAGGACUGUCAAGAAGAGAUCAAGUAAAACUAAGACAAAGGCUCAUGAAAAAUACCUCAGUCACCAUGGAUGGCAUUGGAAACUUCGUGGACUAUGUCCCAUACGAAGAAGGAAGCGGUAAGAGAUUUGAAGGUUGCAACAAUCCCAUAUGGUUGAAGAAGAAAGACAACCACACAAGGAAAAACUACAUGAGCACUCAGAACGAAAGGAUUAAAAGACAAAACAAGGAGUUGUGGGAAAAACACGAUGAAGAGAUCAGGAGAAGAGAUGAUGAAGCUAGAGAAAGAGAAAGGAUUAAGAAUCUCAUCGAAGAUCUAUCAAAUGUAACCAAAGACUCUCCUCAAUAUGUCAUGCACAAUGCAGCUUUCAAAGUGCAUAAAGAGUCAAGCAAGAGCUAUCAAGAAGGAAUGAAUUCGUUUGAACUGAUCUCCUGGUGGAAGUCUGGAAUAGUGGAAGGCAACAACAUUCGAGAAGCCUACAACAAUUACAUGAGUCUAAACAUCAAAGGAGGAUAUGAAGAGCUCGAGGAAACCAAAGACAAGGAUAGGAGAUUCAACAAGAAAGACAAAAGAAAAGCUCUUAUUAGUGACCCACUAGAAACAAGUGAGUCUGAGGAAUCUUGUAGCAACGAAAGUGACAGUUCUACAGAUGAUAAUGCACUAUUUGGAAUGAGCAUGUCAAGCAAUUCAAAUAGUCAAGAUUUAUGUCUUAUGGCACACGAAACAGAUGAUGAUGAGGUAACUUCUAAAUCUUUUGAUUCUGGAAAUAGCAAUCUAAACUGCUCUGGAACAGAAACCGACGUGGAAGAUGAUAUAAGGGAAGAAGUAAGGGAAUGUGUUGGGGUUGGAGUUGGAACUAAUAGUGAGGAUCAACGAAUGGAUCAAAUCGCAAAUCCAAAUCCUUCCACCUCACACGAACCCUCUACUUCUCAAGGAAGUUUUCAACCGGAUUUGAAGUGGCUAAGAAAUCAUCCACAAGAUCAAAUCAUUGGAGAAAUUCAUGAUGGCGUUGAACCGAAGGACAUAGAUGAAGCUUUAAAAGAUCCUAGUUGGAUUGAAGCAAUGCAAGAAGAGCUGAAUCAGUUUGAACGCAAUGAUGUUUGGGAGCUUAUUUCAAGACCAUCUAAUCACAACGUGAUUGGAACAAAAUGGAACAAGUUUGAAAUGAGCAUGAUGGGAGAGCUAAACUACUUCCUUGGACUGCAAGUAAAACAACUGAAGGAAGGAAUACUCAUAAAUCAGGCCAAAUACACCAAAGAUCUCAUUAAGAGAUUCGGCCAAGAAGGAAAGAGCUCAGUGAAAAUUCCAAUGAGCACAUCAGUCAAAUUAGACAAAGACGAUGAAGGCAAAGAUGUUGACGAGACACAAUAUCGAGGAAUGAUUGGAUCUUUAUUAUAUCUCACUGCGAGUGGAUUUGAUAAAUCUACUUUACAAAUAGCAAGUAUGAUGCAUGCUGUGGUUCAUGGAAAGAAAUUGGAUUGGAGUAAAGUAAUAUUCAACCGAUUGGUUACCAUGGUGGACAAAGAAGACAAGCCUAGUUAUGGUCUCAUGAUUGGUGAACUCUUGAGAAAAAAAGGCAUCCAAAUGAAGGAUAGAAAGUCAAUUUUUUCUAGCAAGUACCUAUUUCGGGUUAAUGUCAAAAGAGAAAGAAUUGAGGAACAUGAAAAUGAAGAAGAACAAUUGGAUGAUGACAUACCCUUAAGCCGUGUGUUUAAGAAGAAAAGAACACCAAGAGUUGAGAUUAGAGACCAAGAUGAGGCUGCUAAUGUUGAGACAGUUGCUGCUGAGGAACAGAAUGAGGUCUUGGAUGCUUCCAACACCAUCCAAACAAAAGAAAUUGAAGCAGUUCAAGAAGAAGAAGCAGGGGAUGAUGCAGGGGAUGACCAAAGAGAUGACACUGGGGAUGACCUUAUGGCAGAUUUGGAUACUAACUUUGUGGCAGAUUUGAACACUGAUUUUAUGGUGGAUGAUGAACCAGUGUUACCAGCUGAUUUAGGGGCUGAUCCAGAGGCCAAGGAGGGAGAACAACAAUAA